GCUCAGCGAUCGGACUUCUCGCCGUGCGCCAUAUUGAGUUUGAGAGAGAGGGUGAAGAUGAUAGGAUGAGCGGCUGGACUGGUGUCGUCUUGCAGAGGAACACAAUGAGAACUCAGCAAACCUGUCUUAUCAAAAUAUGAAAGGGACAACGUAGAAGUUCUGAUUUUGUCAGUGUUUAAAGUGUUGACUCAACUGUGAGCCGCCUGCUUUACCGGAUAUUUUUGUUUGGUCUUCACCCUCCCUCCCCCCCUCUGUCUCUCUUUAACUUGCGGUGGAAGCAAGUUGUGUCCCGCUCUGCUCCGUUUGCGGUUGAGGCAGUUCGCACGUUUUUACAUUUAACGACCAGCGUCUCUCGCUGUUUGCUCAGCCUUCCUUGUGUUUUUACUGUGAAUCGGGAAGGUUGUUUGAAGACAGAGCUGGUGAUUGCUUCUGAGUUUCUAUUUGUUUAUUUUUCCUUCGUUUUGGAUUGAAUUCCGCCCGUUGUGUUGAGGUAGCUUGGAGACUGAGCGGAUUGAGCUGCGAAUACCCCAGGCAGUCGUCGUCUAAUAAACGGAUACAGUUAAAAAUGUCAAGCUGUGUACCGGUGGACAUGGUGAUUUGUUAAAAGGAUGAAUUAUUGGCCAGGAUAUGAGGAAAAAUGCUCCAUUCUUUGAAAAAGUGCUUUGGGAUUUUUUUUAUAUCCACCUAAAGAGGGCUCUAACUUCAUGUUCCUCAAGUUGAAUAAACCCAAACAAAUUAACUUACGACUCAUCUUGGUGAGUGGAAAAACAAAAGAAUUUCUGUUUUCACCCAACGAUUCAGCAGCAGACAUUGCCAAACAUGUGUAUGAAAAUUGGCCAAUGGAUUGGGAAGAUGAAUUGGUCAGCAGUCCGAGCAUCCUAAGGCUUAUCUACCAAGGAAGAUUUCUACAUGGAAAUGUGACUCUAGGAGCACUAAAGCUUCCUCUUGGUAAAACUACUGUGAUGCAUUUGGUUGCAAGAGAGACAUUGCCAGAGCCAAAUUCCCAGGGUCAAAGGAACCGUGAAAAGACUGGAGAGAGCAAUUGUUGUGUGAUUCUGUAAAUACUCCGACAAACUGCUAACCGUGAUGUAAUAUAGUCCUUGUCAUUCAUGCUGCUGGUAUAGAAAAGAAGUAACGUUGCUUCAAGGACCUUUUAUAAAAACAAACUUGAUUGUUCAUGAAACCAAUAUUAAAAACUGGAGCAUUACUGUUUGAUUUAUUUUAAAUCUGUUUUCUGUAGUGUUCAUUUUUAAAUUUUGGACGGUAGUAAUGCCGUCUGCAGUUUCUGUAUUUAUUUAUAUAGGUAUAUACAGAUAAAAUUAAACAGAAGAAUUUCCAUACCACUGAAUCCUUUCUGUUCUCACUACUUUAUAGAGUUGGAAGGUAUAUAUCAUGGCAUUUUUAAGAAGUUUUUUAAAAUCCAGGCACUUCCUGGAGGAAAUUUACACUGUUGACUGCAGUGUAAUGUUGCUUUGUUAAACCAGAUGAUGAAACCAGAUUUACUGAAAGAUUAAAUUACAUGAAAGACUUGGUAGAUGAUAGUGAAAGUAAUUUUUGUUCUUCAAAUCUUUGAUGAUUGCUUGCAAAUUCCAUACUCAUUAAAGUUGUUACAAGUGUGUCUGCUGCUCAGAGUAAAGUAAACAUACCUGUGUUUUGAUGAGUUUGUAGAUUUGAUUUCAAAGAUUCUUUUUUAAUGGAGCAUUACCUUCAGCUUAAUUUGUUGUACCAAGUAAAUCUUGCAGCAUACACCAGUGCAUUGAGUGCAUAUGUAGCCUUAAUGAGGGAGGAAGAAGCUUUCCUCGAGCAUCUUUCUCACUGCUGUGUAUGUUUACUGUAUUUGUAGUAAAGCCUCAUUAGCCAUCUUGCCUAUUUUUUUUUAAAUCUUAUAACCUUACCAUUCACUAUUGGCUUAUUUUUAACCUGUUACAGAUUUGAAACCUAAUGGGAGAAAGGCACUCAUUAAGCAUUAGCAUAUAUUCUUUCUCAGUAAUAUGAUAAACUAUUUUAGUACUUGUAAUAUUUUGCUUUUCUGUAUUUAGUGCUUGCAAUGAUACAAAAGAUAGGGAAACCAAAUUAUCAGAAGGGCCUAAUAUGUGAAAGUUGGCCUUCCCUUUCCUUUUGUAUAAAUUACAAAUGAUAUGCUAACUAAAACCUAGAGAUUUUUGCACAGCACUGGAGCAUGAGCUACUUUCAUCUGAACCUGUAAAAAAAAAUAAAGUUUUUAUAUUUUUCAGUGGGAGGUGUUUCUUUCCAACUGAAUUACAGAUAUGUAGAAUAUAUUUAAUAAGAAUCUUAUACAGUACAUGAGUAUAGAACUUAUUAACAAGUAUAGAUUUGCUUGUAGUAUAAUAGAAUAUACUAUGUAAGUAACAAUAGCAACUUGAAAAAGUCACAGGUUGACAUUGUGUUCUAUAUCUAAUAAAAGCAUCUGCUCAGAUUGAAUUCAAUGGUGUAUGUCAUAGGUAGACAUAAUGUUUUUUCAUUUACCUGUGUUAUUUGCUUUUAAAAUGCUUUAUAUGCUAUAGUUCUACAAAAUAUUGUUCAUAUUGAUCAGGAUCAAAUUUGUAUAGAGCUGAGUUUUGCAAUGAUUGUAAAUAUGACUGAACAUUUUCUUUCUGCAACCUGUACUGAUAGAUACUUAUGUAAACUAAAUAAAAAAAAUUGCAGUUCA